AAGCCAAAGGAAAAAAAUAAAGCGGCCAUUAGCUGCAGAGGAGCAACUUGUGUGUGAAAUUGAACCAAAGAAAAAGAAACAAAGCUUGAAGGCAGUCCUCGACUUUCCGAUGUUCAAGUUACGACGAGCGGCACUUACGGCGCUUAUAAAUUGACCCCCUGUUACGACUUUCUGACGUCAGUUUCGACUUUACGAGACUCGAUCCGACGCAACGCCACAGCAGCGAACAAGUUCGCUGUGCUGCCCGUCUACCUGUGUCGAUCCGCCACACCGCCCGUUUUCCUGACUCAAGACGCUCAGUUGCUGUUCUGACGCCAUUUUUAUGUGGUGAAUCUUUGUGUUUCCAAACUUUUUCUUAAAAUUUAGUGUUUCUUUGCACAUAAUGGCAGAAAAGCGUAAAUCUGGUGCAAGUGGUGUUUCUAAGAAACGUAGAGCAAUUACUAUGGAAACAAAAAUGGAAAUAAUUAAGAGGGCCGAAAAAGGUGAGACGCCAACUGAAAUCAGUAGAGCUUUGGAUAUCCCCCGGACGACUAUUGUGGGGAUAUCCAAAGACAAGGUAAGAAUUCAGGAACAUGUUAAGGGCUCAGCUCCUAUGCAGUCAACUGUGAUAACUAAGCAGCGGGUUGGACUUAUUGCUCAGGUUGAGAAACUGUUAAUCAUUUGGCUGGAGGGUCAAAAUCAACGCCGUGCUCCUGUGAGUUUAGGUAUAAUUCAGGAAAAGGCCAGGAGUCUUUAUGAUGAUCUAAAGAAACAACAGGGGGAGAGUUCUAAUGCUGAGCCUUUUAAAGCAAGUAGGGGGUGGUUUAUGCGUUUUAAAGCCAGGGCUAAUUUGCAUAACAUCAAGGUCUCAGGUGAAGCUGCCAAUGCAGUUGAGCAGGCAUCGUGUGCUUUUCCCGGGACAUUGGCUGAAAUCAUUGAAGAAGGUGGGUAUUGUGCUCAGCAAGUUUUUAAUGUUGGCGAAACUGGGCUGUUUUGGAAAAAAAUGCCUUCGAGAACCUACAUUGCCAAAGAGGAGAAAUCCGUGCCCGGGUACAAAGCUGCUAAAGAUAGGCUCACUCUUUUGCUCGGUGCCCAUGCUGCAAGUGACUUCAAAAAUGUUGUUGAAAUGGGCAAAGAACUCAACUUAGAUGCUGCACCAGAGGAUGUUGAUGAAUUGCUGACAUCACAUUCUGAAGAAUUAACUAAUGAGGACCUCAUUGAAUUGGAGCAGCAAAAAGUGGCAGAGGAAGAAGAAGAUGCACCCACUGUUGAAGAGGCUUCUCCUCGUAAAGUCUUGACAACAAAAGUGUUGGCUGAGGCAUUUCGAUAUUUGGAAGCUGCCAUGUCCCUGUUUGAGGAACAUGACCCCAACACUGAACGCAGUGCAUCAGUGAAUAGGGGCAUAUCCAACAUGUACAGCUGCUACAGAGAAAUUUACAAGCAAAAGAGGAGAACAUCUGUCCCAACUUCCUUGGGUGCUUUCUUUAAGAAAGCAUCCAAGACUCCAGAAAAACCUGCAGCCAAGACUUCUGAGAAGACUCGAGCCAAGAACCCUUUAAAAAGUCCAACCAAGAGCUCUUCAAAAAGUCCAGCAAAGUCACCUCAAAGAUGUCCUUCCAAAUCAAUAUGAUUGCUAUUUACAAUAUAAAUACAUUAAUGUAGCUAUAUAACUCAUCUAUAGUUGACUGAGUACAAAAUUCUUGGUUAUUUUUGGUGAAAAUAGGGUAUCAGACUUUGGUUUAGGAACCAAUCCCCUAUUUAUAACAUUGUUCCUAUGGGUAAAAGCGGUUCCAAGUUACGAUGUUUCGACUUACAACACAAUUGGUUCCUGAAAACUGUGUCUUAAGUCUGGGGACCGCCUGUAAUGUUUUUGUUUAGCAAAUGUCAGAGAGCAUGAAAGUUUAGUAAAGGACAAGGUGAAGCUACCACAUCCAUAAGGAUUCUUUCUGGUCUUAACAUAUCUGAUCAGGUCCCUCCUGACCCUAGCUACUAUGAAACUAUAUGAAUCUUGAACACAUUUUGGUAUCCAGAGAUAGAUGAUGAUAAUGAAUUUAAAAUCUUUCAGCAUGUUUUGAAAUGCAGUCUAGGCAACAAACCUUUUUUGGCUUGGAAACCUAAUUCAGAGACAUUUGCAAAGUUCUUCUCUCAUGCUUGCACACUGGUUUCUUUCUUGGGGUAUCACCUCUUCUCUCCUUCACCACCUGAGUCUUUUUUGUUUAAAAAAUAUUAUAGUAUAAGUAUAUUCUUAACACCCUGUUGUAAGCAAUGAAAUACUGAAAACUAGGGAAAAAGUGCAUCAGGCCAUUUAGUUGAUCCUCUUACACGAUAUAAUAUGAUAUAGUUUUGUAUUAAAUUUAGCAUUGAUUAAACAAUAAGCUUCUACCUGUUAAAUUUGAAGGGCAUAUUAUAUGCAAAAAAUCCAAAAGCAUAUUUAAUAGAGAUUAAUGAACUGUGAUUGUCUUUGAAUAUAUUUUUUGUGAUUUAAAGGGCAACAUUUUUCCAUUCUUGAAACAGGAAAGUACAGGAUACAAUUUCUUACGUGCUUUUUAAAAAAAUAAAAUGCCUUGAUUAUAAGAAAUAAGCCAAAAGAUAAUUUACCAUUUUAAAGCUAACAGGUGUGUACUACAUUGCUUUUGGUGAAGGAGUGGUUUCAGUGGUUCACUAAGUGAAUGUAUUUACCCAUGAUUAGGCUUGGCAAAAUUCGAUAUUUUAAAAAUUUUUUAAAUGUAUAUAUAAUUUUUUUUGACAGCUAAAAGCCAUGUUUAUUUUUAAGCAUUUAUUUCAAUAUUUUGUUGAUUUUAAAAUUUUCAGGUUUAUACAACUUUAAGAGUGUGGGGGCAGACAAUUUAGUUUAGUUUAGUUUAGACAAUAAUGAUGGUAUACUGUUAAAAGCUUUAUAAAAUCACAUGUUAAAAUAUAAAAAGUAAAUAUCCAUAAAUCAAUAAAGCAUUCCUGCUUGAAAUCAUUUUGUUCAUUUGGUAGGACAUUCGUAUGAGGCUGGUGUCUUUGCUGUCACUGAGUGGAGCGUGGGGGCAGGGGCUGGGCAAGGGGCUGCAGAUUGGGGCUGCCAGUGGUGCUCUUUGUGGGAGGAGGCUCGUCAGAAAACUCCUGGCUGUCGAAUGGCACUGAAUUCCCCAAGCCCCACACUGCAUCAGGAGGCAGUGGCUGCCUAGCCCAGGGUGAGAAGCGGCUUCCCCACUCCCUGCGUCCGCUUGGGGGGUGAGCCUCGCCUCGCAGGUGCCAGCAGAGGGGUGGCCUAGCCCCUGAGCAUGCAGGGGCUGGGCUCGGUGGGAGUUCGGCACCCAGUCCCUGGCUGGGAUCUGGGUAGAGAGAGUGGCCAGCAGCAUUGGGCUCCCAGAUGCCAACAGUCCUGCCCCUCAGCGGCAGGACCCUGCAGCAGCAUCCCUGCCUCCAGGCUCUGUCGCCAGCAGCCAGAAUCCAACUAGCGCCCCCGCCCAGCAUGGUCCCUAGCCCCUGCAUUGGCUGCUUGAGCCGCUGCCAGAUGAGCAGUGCGUGGGGUGCACAGCCGGGGCUCCCCUCACCCUGCCUGCAACAGCUGCCGGAUGUGUUUGUGCACAUGUGCAUGGCACCCCCUGUUCCCUUUCUAUAAAUUUUGAUUCUUGCAAAUGGAAAUAUUUUUUCGUUGGUCUGUGAGUAUGAGGUGAUUCAACGUUUAUCGGCAGUUAGUUAUAAAAAUUGAAUCCUGCCAAGCCUACCCAUGAUUUAUGUUUAGCCAUUCUAGCAGAGUACUUUUUAGUUUACAAAGUAGAAAAUGUAAAUUUCUAAUUGAUUUUUGUUGUAGAGCUGGAAGAGGACAACUUGAAAUGUGUCUUAAGUGACUGGAUUUACUGUUACAUUGAUCAUUGUUUCAUGAAAUUUGUUCCAAAAUACUUGCGCUUGUAAGAGUAAAGCAUUUUUCUUUGGAACAGGUUGACCUUUCAGAAGAAUCUUGGUGUUUUAUUGAUUUUCAUCUACUAACACUCUCCCUUUUACAUUAAAUAGCAACAAUCAAUUCAUGUCUGAUAUAAAUGUUUUCACAAAUGAUUUUAGAACUAUACCGUUCUAAAUGACAGGACGUUUCUUCAGUGGUUUUGAAAAGCAUGUUGUAUAAAUUUUAAAUCCUUUGUUCAGUCAUGCGUGUUUCUCACAAUUGGUCAUUAUGUUACUGUUUAUAGUAAAUAGUUUAACAAAGCAUUAACGUUAGUAGUGAUCUCCAUACGCAUUUUUACCAUGGGUUUUAGAAUUACCUGAACAUGAAUUUUACUCGUUUAACUUUAAUGUUUUUGCAGUGUAUCAAAAUAUGCAACUGCUUGUACUUGGAAAUUAUCCUCCCUAAACCAUAUCUGUUAUUUUCUAAAUAAUAUGGUGAAAAUAGAUUUAAAAGGCAUACCAGUCUAGUGUAGCAAUCAAAAUUUAAAAGCAUCCUCUUCCCAACACGUCAAACCUCUCUGAUGCAAUCCUCAUUUUAGGAAUUAUUUUUUUUCUGCCAUCUAAAAUAGGGUUGCAAUGUUAUUAAAAUGUCAGCUCAACAUGUUAGAGGUAUUAGAAUUGCUUGUUUUCAAUUACCCUAUCUUACUUGUAUUUAGGGACUAUUUCUGCCUGUAAUUCUUAGCUGCUUCAGGGUAGCACUGAUUGAGAGAGCCUCUGAAAGCAACACUAUGGCACUUAGAGUGUACAGGUCCAGAGCUGCAGUGUGUCCCUGAAGAGCUACAGGUGGUGGUGGUGUGAAGGAUCUCUGAGUUCUAUUAAGAGUAAUCUUGCUGUAUCCAAAAGCAAUAUUAACCCUUUGAGCUAAGCGUGGAGAUGACCAUGUUUCCUCAGUAUUAUUUGUUCAUUUAUAAAAUUGAGUUCGGUUGAAUCAGCUGAAUUUUGCAGAGAGCAAGAUGUCAUUACACAAAAAGUCAAAAGUUUAAUUUUGUAUUCAUUUUUUUUCCCUCUCAGCUUAGUUUAGCAAUAUUCUAAUCUUGCAUGAGAUUUGAAUAAGAGGCAGUCAGCCUUUGUAAAUCCAAAUCUCCCUUUAUACGGGCACUGAGUCACCAAGUGUUAUGGCAGGACCCCAGUUCAUAACUUUAUGGUAGUAAGACAAGGGCUUUCCUUUAAGUUGUUGCCUUUUGUAUUGCAGGCAAAUAGGGAAGAAGGAACAACAUUUUCCCCAAAUAAAGACAGAGUCAGUGGGAAAGGAAUGUAUUUUCAAGAUUCCACACAGAUAAUACAAACAACGGAGAAUAAACAAGUAGCUGAUAGUCUUCCUUUUUCAGUGAAAUAGUGUGCAGGUGCCCAAACAGUGACAAUCUACUUACCAAAUGGAAAAUGGCAAAAUCAGUAGGGAGAACAUUUUUAUUUUCAAGCUUUAGAAGGGUUAUUACAAAGGGCAGUGGAGAGUUAUUUGUACUAAGCAGUAACACAACUCCAUUAAAAAAAUGUUUCUUUAAUAUUACUAUGUAUAAUACUCUAAUUAAAAGGUCUAUGUAUGUUAGGGUGAUUAAACUUUGCAAGUACAACCGUUCAGCAAGCUGGAAGCUAGUUACCUUACUGGCAGGAUAUAAAAUAUUGUUUAUAAUAGGAUGUUUAAGGUAGUAGGGAUAGUGACAACACAUUCAGUGAGACUAAGACAGGCGUGUAAUGUUCUGUUUUCACUGCAAGGCUUUUUUCAGGGUGUACUUGAUCUUUUGUCACCUCACUAAUUCAUACUAGGAGCAUGCUGACACUUUGAGAUGCAGAAUUUGUUUGCAAAACAUUUUCAUGUGCUUUAAUGAGUAGAAGGCUUAUCUAAUUUUCAGAGGAAGUGUUUGCCCCCUGGCUUGUUAUACAAAGGGAGAAUAACGAGGUGAGAUGGUCAAAGUGAAUUUGCUGUUGCUGAGCUGCUGAAAUAAGCUGCAUCUUGGCUUGUGUGGAAACCUUGGGAUAUUGUCUUGUAGGUCCUCUUUCAGCUCUUCCACCAAAUGCUUGUUUGUAAGCUGUUAUCUCAAUUCUGUACUUAACUGCAAAUUACGUACUUCAUGCCUCAGUAUUAUGUCUUUUCCAUUCUUUACUCUUUUUUUGGCUUUAAAACGUUGAUGCAUCAGACCUGCUAUACUGAAAACAGGAAUAUUAAAAAGUUCAUAUUGCAUCAUAUGGGUCCUUCAACACUGAAGACUUUCCUACUGUACUAUACUUCUUUAUAGUUUUCUUUAAUAAGUCCCACACCCAGUGCCUUGCAAGUUAUGAGACUAGCAUCAAAAGGAAAACAUCCGACUUAAAUAGUAAUUUCCACUGCCCUCAACUUGAUCUCAACAUUUCCAUGAUGUCCAAAUUCACUUCUUAAGAAACUGGCACCUUGAUGGAUGUUUCUGAAAACUGUAAAGUUAAACAUUAAGAUGAGUGUGAGGAUGCCACUGCCUUCAUGCAGGCAUGCUGUAUCUGUUCACUUUUAUGGUUGAAAUAUUCUGCUUCCUUCAUUUUUUUUUUCUUUCUCUCCUUUUUUUUUUUUUGAGCUGCUUCAGGAUUAAAUUAAUAUCCUUGACUGAAUCACUCCACAAGUAAAUAACAGUUUUGUUAGCACCCACUGUCCUUGUAGGAUGAUUUACUAUUGGCAUGGAUAGGAUACAAAUUUGUUAGUAAAAAUGGUAUAAUAUAUUGGCUUGAAAUCCUGUUUGGCUUUUGUGAUUGACUGUGUGGGAUACAAGAAGAUGUGACCUGUCUUGCAUGUUUUCUUGGGAUUUUUUUUUUUUUUUUGCAUAUUUCUGUAAUAUUGUUCAAAUUAAUAAGAAGUAAUAAAUAAACUUUGUGGGUAACUGUUUAA